CCCGGAACGAGCUCGCUGCCCUGGGACAGCCACAGCCAGCGCUGCUGGCUCAUUACGCCCUUGAGGACACAACAUCGGCAAGAUUUCUCUACCGGCGGGCACCACGUGGCCGCUGGGCCUCGGGCGGGCACCCGUGGAGGUAGGCGUGGGGCUAGGCGGGGGCGGGGUUCACCUCCAGAGACACGAGGUCAAGGAGGAGGUCGGCGGCCUCAUGGAUACGGGAGACCGCGGCGAAAAACGGAAGGUGGAGGACUUCUCGACGUUGUACAGCCUGGACCACGGCCCGACCGCCGCCGCCACGCCGUCGCACGGGCCCACCACACCCCCGCGCUCGCUGCCCGAACACACAGCCGGCGGUGACGGUGCUUUCAAAAAAGUCAAGAGUGAGGGCGGGAUGUGCACCACGGGCCACUCACCCACGCCCACGCCCACCACAUGCCCGACGCCCGCCCGCAGGAGACACCGGACAACCUUCACACAGGAGCAGCUGGCUGAGUUAGAGGCCGCGUUCUCUAAGAGUCACUACCCCGACAUCUACUGCAGGGAGGAGCUCGCCCGCAAGACCAAACUGAACGAGGCCCGAAUCCAGGCGUCCGAGGUCACGCCUGUCAAUGCAACUGUCAAGGCCGACUUGUGA